AUGUCCCCCUGUUCGUUCAUGACGGGCAUUUUUCUCGGUGCUCUCCUGUUCGUAACACCGGGAGAUGCCCGUGCUGGACAGGUUUCUUCUGCCUCUGUAGCUGGAGCACCGCUAUUCCACAGCGAAGAGUUUCAAUUGACAGAUAACGACAUUGCGAAGCAGUCAGCCCUGGUUAAAUUUGGGUGCGACGGUACUAACAAGCCCACUCAGCCUACAAGGAAGUGCAAGGUUUUCCCCGGUGAUCGCCAGUGGCCGUCGCAGUCUGCAUGUGAUGAAUGCGAGAGAAUCAGCUCGCAGUGGACCGAUUCUCAUCUUCAUGCAGCUGACCCGGCGUCAGCAAUGUGGCCUCUGUUCGAGGGAAGAACCUGCCUUCCCACUACCAAUGCUUCUGCAUCUUGCACAGUGGGUGGCUACAGUAGCUAUGCUGUGAAUGUGAGCAAUGUGGCUCAAAUCCAGCUUGCUGUUAACUUUGCACGCAACGCGGACAUUCGUCUGGUCGUUAAGAACACCGGCCAUGACUUCAAUGGAAAAUCAACCGGUGCUGGUGCUUUGGGUAUCUGGACCCACAACCUCAAGGAUAUCGAAUACUACGAGAACUACCGUGGUUCAGGCUACCAGGGUCCAGCUGUGAAGAUGGGGGCAGGUGUGCAGGCCUUCGAGGUCUAUGCAAAGGGCCAGGAACUCGGAUUCACUGCUGUUGGUGGCGAAGGCAAGACUGUUGGUGUUACAGGUGGCUAUGUUCUUGGUGGCGGCCACUCGCCCAUGUCCAGCCUGUACGGCCUGGCUGCUGACCAAGUUUUGGCUCUUGAGGUCGUGCUGGCGAAUGGGCGCUUUGUCACAGUGACUGAAGAGACCGAUCCAGACCUAUUCUGGGCUCUACGUGGUGGUGGCGGUGGAACCUAUGGAGUUGUCACUUCGCUCAUCUCUCGUGUCUACCCCAAGGUCGGUGUGACUGUCUCGACAUUCAACUUUUCCACUGGCAAGGAUGUCUCUGUGGAGACCUUCUGGGCGGGUGUCCGAUCUUACUUGGAGCGAUUCCCAACGCACGCCGACGCCGGCACCUACGCCUAUUUUUGGAUAAUGCCAACAGGCCCUAACGCCUUCACCUUCCUAAUGAACCCCUUCUUCGCUGUCAACCACACCGUGGACGAGUUCAACGCUUUAGUCAAGCCAUGGUACGAUGACCUCCACGAGCUGGGCAUCUCAUUCCAGCCAAACACAACUUACUUCGACAACUUUUACGACGGUUGGAUGGCCGGAUUCGCCCUCGAAACAGUCGCCUCAUCAACCAUGAUGACCGGCUCUCGCCUGUUCCCACGCGCAAAUUGGAACACUCCUACAUCUUUGAAUGCGACCUUAAAUGCUCUUCGUGCCACUAUUACUGACGGUUUUGCGUUGCUCGCAUUCAACAUGAAAGCCGAGCUGCAAGAGGGCUUCACGUCGAACUCGGCCAACCCGGCUUGGCGCCAGACGCUAAUGCACGCUAUCACGUCGACCUCAUGGACAAACACCACAUCUGAUGCCGAUAUCAAGGUCAAGAUGGAUGACCUUACUAAAGCCGUUGGCAAGUGGCGCGCUCAGGCUUUCUACGGUACCAACUAUGACCGGUUGUACAAGCUUAAGCAACGGUAUGACCCAGCUGCCUUGUUCUACGCGCCUACCGGUGUUGGUAGUGAGGACUGGGUUGUGAAGAGCCUUGAUGGUCUUCCGGAUCAGAAUGGUCGGCUGUGCCGUGUUUAA